AUGAAUAGCACCGAGUGUCCAGACAACGUAAGUAGUCGCAAACAUGACAGUGCUAAUGAAAACAAAGGAAAAAGCAAUGACAAGUAUAUCCGCGCUUCCCGGGAAAUCAAAGGUAAGGCCUUUCUUUGGCAUCCCUCUCUUGCUAUCAUCAAGCAUACUGGUUGGUGCUUCGGUUGGCUUCCCAUUUUGGGUUUUGAUGGUUUCGGUGUUGCUUCUGUGUAUCGGCUAAGUACUCGAGCUGCUCUUAGCCUCUCCCUAGCUGUCAAUGGUGCUCUUUUGCCACUGGUUUGUUUGAUAUCUGAAGAAACCGAGCCAUUGGCUGGUUCAACGGAUUUACGGGUUUAUCAGAAUCCGUAG